AAAAAAUACUUGAUCUUAUUCAACUUGAAGUGAAUACGACUUGUACAGGCUUGUAACGACACAUUUGUAAACGAAGUAUUGAGCUGGUUGGUAUAGCCUGACUCGUUUUUUUUCGGCAGCAUUGACAGUCGAACAGGAAUCAAAACAACACCACGGGAAACAAAACACGCGAUACCGGCUCUGCAUGUAAAUCAAAACCCAUACUGCAACGAUUGUACAAUGGACACGGUGGAAGAGCCCAUCGAUCAGCAAGUGAAACUACCGCAGAAGCGAUUUUAUCGCCAACGUGCCCACUCAAAUCCCAUUGCGGACCAUAGUUUCGAUUAUCCUUCGUCGCCAGAAUUGAGCGAUUGGAAAGAACUGUAUCCCAGCAUUGGCAACCGGUGCGUUGAAUUUGCGGACAUUGGCUGUGGCUAUGGGGGAUUUCUGGUCACUUUGGGAGAAACUUACCCAGAUAAGUUGGCGCUCGGUAUGGAGAUACGGGUAAAGGUGUCCGAUUACGUGAUGGAUCGUAUUAAAGCGUUACGCCAGCGACACAAGGGAAAGUACGAAAAUAUUGCUUGUAUUCGUACGAACGCCAUGAAGUACUUACCGAACUACUUCCACAAACAUCAGCUGGAGAAGCUGUUUUUCCUGUAUCCGGAUCCGCACUUUAAAAAGGCGAAACACAAAUGGCGUAUCAUUAAUUCCACGUUGCUGAGCGAGUACGCGUAUGUUCUGCGUCCGGGUGGGAAAAUUUACACCGUCACCGAUGUGCGGGAACUUCACGAAUGGAUGUGCAAGCAUAUCGAGGAGCAUCCGUGCUUCACGCGUUUGCCAGACACUGAAGCUCAGGAAGACAUACUCGCACCGAAGCUUUUGGACAGCAGUGAGGAAGGUCAAAAGGUGACCCGAAUGAGUGGGGACAAAUUUAUGGCUAUUUUUUCUAGAUUAUGAUUAAGCGAACCGAUCGAUUUAAAGAUCGAAGAUCAUUGCUUAAGU